AAAGGCCUGUUCUCAUUAUCUCAUCCUCCCCACAAGAUUUAAGAAACAUUUUGGCUUCAAGUAAGAAUUUUCAAGGCCACUUCGGCCUGUUGACCUCUUGGAAGGUACUGUGCAUGCUCAAUAGGCUUAUGAAUAGUAAAUGACACACCUCUCAUAGGUAAUAGGCUCAUUAGCAUGAACAUGGGAUGUAUGAGCGGGAGGGGGGGACAUAUUAAGGAACAGUAUGGUAUAGGCGGAUGGGGAAGAGUGUGACUUCUUAGUAACCAGCCAAUGGUGAAGCGGGGAUAGUGUUGAGCAUCGGGGAAAGGAAUGUAUAAAAUCUCUUGUAAACAGUAAAAGAUUGCUCUUUGUUUCUCAGACUACUGAGGCAUUGAGCCAGCCUUUGCAAAUGCUUUUUGGAAUAAACCGCUUGUACCUACUCGAAUCCUGUCUCAAAGAGUUUUAAAUCGCACAGACAAGAAGAAAACACAUGAAGCCAUUGUGGUGGCAGUGGCAGGCUCAACUUGUGUUGGAAGUAGCAUGGCCUGGUAUUCCUAGGUGUGAACUGGGGUCAUUCAUAAAGUGUUCCAUCUUUCUCUCCUCUGGUAUCCUGAGGUUUGAUUUCUAUUGGUAAGAUCUAAGAGUAUUUGAGGUAACAUUCUGCAAGCAUGGACAUUAUAAAUAAAUUCCUCUAGCAAUAAAGUAGGGUUAACAUAUCAAAGAUCAAGGGGCAUGCCUUUGAGCAUAUGCUCAGUCCAGGAAUUUAGGCCAGAAUCAGAACCUAGCUUACACCCCCCCCCCUUCUGGCUUUUCCCAGAGCUUUCCUUUUUAACAUCCUGAUGUAAGGAAGGGAAGAUCUUGAACUGUUGCUGUGAAAGGCUUAAGACUCAAACAUUGUAGAGCCCGAUUCACCUUCUGCCUAUCCCUGUACUGUUUGCCAUUGGACAAGUUUGGAGUGAUGGCAUGGAUGGGAGAAACCAUGGGUGUGAUGGUAGAGAGAGUUGUUGAAUCUUAAUCGUUCUUUUGGGCCUACACAACAGUGAGUAGGAAUAUAAUAGGUUUCUGCCAUACAGAACAGAAGAAUUUUCAAUUUAUACUGAUCAGGAUCCUAAAAGUUUUGUUUUUUGUUAAAGGGAGCCAGACUUAAAGGAUUAAAAUGUCAUUUUUAAAAGAAAAAAGGGUUUUUUUCCAAUUGCCCAAAUUGCUGGUGGCUGGUAGGGCAGAGGACAGGCAGUGAACUGAAGGAGAGCCAAGGGGUUGUGAUGAGCAGUUCCAGGAAUAUGUGGGGUUACUUCAGACAUGGGCGUGUUUGGUACUGAACUUGAAUCCCCAGACAAGACGGUGCUAUUUUGGCUGAAUCCCCAGACAAGCUGUUUUAGGCCUAUACGUACACAAGCUAUUGAACAUAUCUGGUGCCUGGUAAUGCUACUAUGUUUGUAAUGCCUGCUGAUAUGGCUUAUCUUUUCUGAUUUGUUGAAUGUACAGAUUCUUCUUCAGGAUCUUCCUGAUCUUCCAUUAAUCCACAAUAAGCAGUACAAAGGCAAAAGCUCAAUACAAAAGACGCUGGAGAAUGGCUGAGAAUGGCUGGGCUUAUCAGAAGGUUGGUUUUUUUGACUGGCUGAUCAAGGAGAUCAAUAGUGGAAAUUAUGAAGGGUUAUCCUGGACUGAUGAGAGCCGUACAGCUUUUUGUAUUCCUUGGAAGCACAAUUCAAGGAAGGACCUUGUGGAUACUGAUUAUAAGAUUUUCAAGGCGUGGGCCAUGUUCAGCAACAAAUACAAUGAAGAUUUGCAGAACCCAGCCAAAUGGAAACUCAACUUCCGUUGUGCCAUGAUGAGUACAAAGAGAUUUGAAGAAGUCAAGUUGAAUAACCCUAACUAUCAUGUGUACAGAAUUAUUUCCCCCAAAUCCAGUACUGCAGCACCUGCUAACUAUCCUGCCAAUACAAGCAAUUUGAGUGAUCCCGAAGAUGAUCUGCAUAUCAGCCCGAACAGUGAGGCUGCUCCUGCUCUGUCCCAGCCCACACCUUCAGGCCAGCAAGAAAUUCAUACUGCUUUUAAAGCUUUGUCAUUAGAAAAUCAAGUCCAAGGGUCAGAUGGGAGUUCAGCAGGAGACCUUAACCAACACAGUGAGGAUAUACUCCAGUGGGUUCUGCAGCAAGCCAACCUGACUGAGACAUUCUCAUGGGCUAAUGCUCCGGUUGCUCAUCCUCCAGGGGCAGUUGCAUAUGAACAAGGCAGUGUCUAUGCGAUCCCUCAUGUCAACCAAAAUGGUUGCCUAUCUCUAGGCAAUGGAGUGGUGAAUGAACCAGGAGCAAGUAAUGGCUAUGAGAAAACCACCGGGUGGCUGGCUGCAAGCAUACCAACUUCCCAGCCAACUGUCACUCUGCCACUGCAACCUGCUCAGCAGAUCUCUCCUGUCACAAAUCAAAUUAACCAUGUGGAAGCCCUCUAUAAAGAUCACUGCUUUACUGAAAACUUGAUCAUGAAUGAAGAACCUCUGGGUAAUGGAAUGAUGAACCAUGCAACAGUGAAUGACUUUCAGCCAGCAAGCCAGCAAAUUAUGAUGGAACCAAACCUCUUUGGAUCCCCAGUAGAACAACCCCCUGUCAAUACUGCUCCAGCACAGAAUGGUGCAGCAGGAACAAACCCUCUCAACCUAGAUGUCUUCAUCUACUACCGAGGGAAGCUGCUGUACGAAACAGUAGUGGACACAAGCAGCUGCCUGCUCACCUACAACAACCACUACAACUAUAGUGCUUUUGAUAACCUGAGGAUAAUACAGUUUCCAAGCCUGGAGGUCCUGCCUGAUCAGAAGCAGGUUCAGCACACCUUGACUAUUCUGCAGGUGGCAGGUCUGUUGCUGUAUCAGAAGAAUGAGAAACUGUGUGCCAAGCGCCUAGGCAAAUGCAAGGUCUUCUGGGCCUUCUCCAAGCAGCUGGACAACAUAGCUGAGCCUCCUCCAACUAGGAUGUUGCCACGGGAGGAAGAUGUGGAGAUCUUCAACUAUGGAAAGUUCUGCCAAGAACUGAAAGAGUUCCAUGACAGUCUCAGGCAUUCAUCGCCAGACUACACCAUCUACCUGUGUUUUGGUCAAUGUUUUUCUGCUGCAAAACCCAAGGAAUCAAGGCUAAUUCUGGUGAAGUUGGUGCCAAAGCUGUGUAAACACUGGCAUGAAUGCGUGCAAAGAGAAGGAGUUUCAUCCUUGGACAGUGAAAACAUGAGCUUAGAAAUCUCAAACAGCCUAUAUGAUAUGAUGGACUAUCUAAAUAACAUCCUUAUGCAGAUGGAGGAAGCAGCUUGAGCACCAUGUUCCCUGUCAACAGCUCAAGUGGUUGGACUCUGUGUUUUGCGCAGCAGCAGGUGGGGUGGCUUUUCCCUGGCUGCUUGCUUGAGGGGACUGUAAUUAAAAACUGCUCUGUCAGGUCUGGGCAUAAAGGCAGCCUAAGUCACGUGUGCUGACCAACUACGGGCAAUGUAAGGUGUGAACUGCAAGUUGUUACACCACAUGAUGAAGGUAGGAAAUGGUAACCUCAAGUAGAAUAGUCUUGUUUUAUGCAUUUGGCAGAUUCCCAUAGUCUACAUACCAUGAAUUCCACUUGGAAAUUGAAAUUUUUGGGAUGCUGUCCCUUCUCCUUGCAGGUUAGUCUGACUUCUCAGAUCUUUCAAGGACAAAGUUGCCUAAUUUGUUCGGGUGUUGCAUAGAGUGGGUGAAGCCAGGAGUCUGUCUCCCUGCUUUGGACCCCUGAAGACCUUGAUUCUGUUACCUCCAGUUGACAGGCCCAAGUUCCAUUAUGUCACAGGUGUGCCAUCUAUGGGGCCACAGUUCCCAUCAAUCCUGACAUUGGUCAUGUAGCUUGGAGCUUAUGGAAGUUGGAAUCCAACACCAUCUGGAAAGUCAGGUUUGCCAAGCCUGAACUUCAGUUGCAUAAAAGGAAGCAAGCAAGCCAUUGUUCUUCGGAAGCAGAGUUCUUUGCCCACGACGAAUUCUUUUCCUGCCAGGGGACUUCUGGCAUGCUCAAAGUUAUGACAGUUCUUCAAGUCUUUUAUGCUGAUCUCUUCCCCCAACCAAGGGAUUUGAGUGGCUUCUGUUGUCAUUUUUCCUCUUCAAAAUGUUCUUUCUCUCCUCCUUCCCCUUGGCACCUUGUGAAAAGUGCACAACCUACGCAGGCUUUCUAUGUAGGUUGCACAAAUGUUUUUCCUUUCUGUAAUACAGCAGUUGUGGUGUCCAGGGCCAUCUGUUGAGCUACUUCGGGCCUGCAGUUGGCAAGAACCAGUCAUGGGCCUACAUGGCCUUGACUUCUACACAGAGGCCAAAGGGAUGGAAGUGGUUUUAGCCUCUGUACCUGAAGGCUGGCACUAUUAUGUUCUUGUCAUUGGUACUAGUUCAGGUAUAUUUGCCACUAGUUCAGGUGACAAGGUGUCAGGCUUCUGGGCCUGGAGCCUUUGCCAAGGAAAGCAAGGCAGUCAGGAGGUUGUGCUCUCGGCACUAGUGCAGUGCAUGACUUGAGGUGUUCCCAGCCAUCUUCACAGUCUGGAUGAAAUAUAAACUCCAGCGAAGGGCCUGCCAGCAUCCCUGGGCAAAACGCCCCUCAGGAAGCUCCCUGGGUAUCAUAGUGGCUUCACUGCCUUGUGGACUGCAACAAUCAGAUAAAGUUAGCAAAUGCAUCGAAUUCCGUCAGGUCAGAAAGAGGCAACUUGUGGCCCCUCAAUGUUCAGCAGCCACAACCAGCAGUCAGGGUUGAUGGGAAGUGUAGGCCAAAGUAUCUGGUGGGCCAUAAAUUAGCCACCCCUUGCCCUGAGUAGAAGCCAUGCCAGUUUGUCCCAGUACAAGGGGCACAGCCUGUCAGAUGGAGGCCAGCACAGCUUCUCCUCAGAAGGGCAUGAGAAAGCAUUGAGGCUGUAGCUGGUUCCUUAUUUUUGAGGAAAGCUCCAUCCAUGGGGGGGGGGAGUUACUCCCUAUUUGGUGUGUUUUGGACUGUGGCCUUAUUUGUUAAAGUGCCGCAAAGUAAAAUGGGUUUUCUAGCAAUUUUUUCCAAUGCAUAUUAGGUUAAUUUUCAUAAGGUCUUGUGCACUGGGCUUUUUUCUGUUUGCAUUAGAAAGCCACUCAACAGAUGAUUCAGAUGUUUCCAGUAGGGGCACAAGAUCCAAAGCCAGCAUUUUCUGUCAGGUAGAGAUCCCAGGGGCUAUAAACCUGCAUUAUGUAGAAGCCAAAAUCAACAGUAUAUUUUGUCUGUUUUCUGCAUAAAAAUGCAUCAGAGGCUAUAGCCAAGUCCCUUUCUUCCCUCUUUUCCCAAUACCCAGAGGCUGCCUUAGAAAGCCACACAAGAGGACAGGAGCCGAAAGUUCAAAACUAAAUUUUGGUGGCAUCCCCCGCCCGCACACCAAAUUUGGUAUGCUAGGGUUGCUUAAUAAUUCUUACAAAUAGGCUGUAUUCUGGUUCUGUAUGGCCUGAUUUCACUUUGGGGAUGCUAAGCACCUAUUUUACAAAAGUACGUUUUUGAUACUAACUUUUCAGGGAAUGGGCUGAAGGCCUCUGAUACACCUCAACUGCUGAAGCCUUGAGCAGUGCCUGCCUAUGGGAUUGCCUGGGAAUCUUUGUAAGCUGCGCCAGGUCCCUUUCUUGAAAAUCCUCAAGGUGCAGAAGAAAACAGAGGCAGGCUUUAUAUUUGAAGUUAAUCUCCAAACUUGGUGCAUUCCCAGGCUCUCCAUGCAGUCUGCUUGAGACUGCAAAGCAAGGCAGCUCAUUAAAUUCAUUCUACCUGAUCCUGGAUAGGAGUCUAACUUAGUCCUGCUUCACUUUUGGAACUGAAAGUGCACAUAUGCACAUAUCAUGCAUCUGGGGUCUGUGCUGGAUGCAGCAAUUCAUUCAGACACAGCAAGGCUCUCCUGGAUCAGGAUUACAGACAACAGAAAUGAAGGGAUUAUAAAGCUUUUUUCAUUCUUAAGCUUAGACUUCUACUCCAGGAAGUGGCAUAUGAGAACACUAAUGACGGAACAGUGCUCCAAACCACAGCAGCAAACCAUAUAGUUUAACACAAGACUCUUGAAGUAUUUAGUUCAAGAGUGGGAGGGGGAGCAGGGGGGAGUAAGCAGAGCACUUUAUUGUAUUCACUGAAUGGAGGGGGAGAACAUACUAAUAAACUCAGGCACAACUGCUCCAUUUCUCACGACUAAUAUUUUCUUUGCAGGCAGAGGUAAGAGUUGUAGUCAGUGGAAUACUACUCAGUAGGUGUAUUUAAGCUUUCAAGGACAAAAGUGUACAGUAUGAAAAGGACAGAACAGAAAGGGCAGGGUAGUACUUGGAAGGAGUCCAAUUGAAUUUAUGACCCUUCCCACAGGAAGUGUGCUGUUUCAUCAGCUGUGUCCCCUUUACCGUGCAGUUCCAUGAAUUUGCUAAAUUCAUAAACCAUCCAUAAGAAUGUUACUUGUAUAACCAGCACCCAUGGGGAUUGGUAGAUGCUGGAUGGAUGUAGUUUCUUGUUGCUUGAGAGUUACUAUUAAAACUGGGCCUAACUAAUACCAUACCCCAUGCUAUACCAUACCAUGAUCUCUGUAUUGAGUUGAUAUUAGUAUUGAAAUACAGUACUUAAAAGUAAAUUAAAACAAAGACAAACCAUGAAUUUAGGGUUAUGUGCAAACCUGGUCUAAAAGGUUUUUUUUUAGGGUGCAAUAGUAUGGGCUCCUGACCCCACCUAGGAUCUUCAGAGACCUUGCACCAACCUUUUGCCUCACACCCCCUCACAGCCAGUGUGGAGAGAACCACACUAGUUUUUUUCUCCAGGAGCACAUGUACCUUGGAAAAGGUAAAAGGACAUGCAGGGGGAAGGAAUGAGGCUGGGGCCUCUACAUAUGCCAAUUCACAGUGCAGGACACAUUCCUCCCUCCCUGGUACUUUAAGUGCUAAGAACGGUUAUACAGAUAACUUGCGUGGGACAAGGAACAGGGGCAGCAGCAAAGAUUGCCUCACCUUGCUAAGCUAUUGGAUGCAUGUAAGCAUUGGACUGAGCCCUUGGUCACACUGGUGCUCAUGAAACAGCGCAUUUCCUGUAGGGAAGGUCAUGAAUUCAGUUGGAUUGCUUACAACUGCUUCUGUCUGCUUCCUGUUUCUAAAGCUUGCUGGAAUAGCUAGAUUGUUUUGUACAUAUAUUUAUUUUAGAGUCUUUCUACUAGCCCUGGUUCACAAAAAACUAUCCAACGGGUUUUUGUUUUUCUAGAAUAUUUUCUGCUAAGCAGGAAUGUCUGAAAAACUUGUUUCUAUUUGAAUAUUGCCCUGCUGUCUUACAGUCCUGAAACACACCAUUAGCGCAUUACUUCUGUAUGUGGUUUCCCUUUGGGCCUACACAUUUCCUUUAACAGUAUACAUUCUGUAUAGCAACGCGCAUUUAACAUUAACACAAAUCUCUUCUGGUCUUUGGAAUGUAUAGGGCAGGGAGAUCACUGAAUAAUACAUGCACUUAUAGCUGUAUAAAUUAAAAGGCAUUCCACAAUGUGUAAAGUUUUUUUAUUUGGACACUGUAAAUAUGAAAGUAUAGCUUGGACUUAACAUCUGAACUGUUCAGCAUGUAUACACACAAGUCUUCAGAAAUUAUUCUGGCUGGUGACUUGUCAUGUGGGGCUAUUAUCAUUCGUCCAUAACAUUCUACAACAAAAUAUGAGAGAAUAAAAGUUACCAUUUUAUUAAGAAAUCA